CACGAGAGCUUGUGCAAGAAGCACUUCCUAAUCUAUGCGAGUUGCUUGAGACGCAACGACAACGACAACGGCAAGUGUCGCUUAGAGGCUAAAGAUUAUUUGGGCUGUCGCAUGGACAACAAUCUUAUGGAAAAAACAGAAUGGGAGAAACUGGGAUUUUCACAAAAGACGCUGCCCAAGGAGCAGCAUCAGCCUCAACAACAACAACAAUAAAGCCAGAACGCAAUGUGAUCAUUGCAGCAACGGGAAGUGUUGCUACCAUAAAACUAGUUCAAUUAAUAUCCGAACUAAGUAAUGAACAGCUGGAAUACAAAUUUAACAUCAAAGUCAUUAUUACGGAACAUGCUAAGCACUUUUUUGAACUGGAACAAAUGCCGGAGAACGUUCCCAUCUUACACAACCGCGACGAGUGGCUUACUUGGAAUAAGCGUGGUGACCCUGUGCUCCAUAUUGAGCUAGGCAAGUGGGCAGAUAUGCUCUUGAUAGCACCGCUCAGCGCCAAUUCUCUGGCGAAGAUUGCCACCGGUAUAUGCGAUAACCUGGUGAUGUGUGUUGUACGCGCUUGGGACCUUAAGAAGCCUCUCCUGUUCGCUCCAGCAAUGAACACUCGCAUGUACGAUCAUCCCAUAACUCGAGAACAGAUCGACAGGUUAAUCAGCUGGGGCUACACGGAGAUUCCCUGCAUUUCAAAGACCCUAAUGUGUGGCGACACCGGUAAUGGGGCGAUGUCAGAGGUAGCCACCAUUGUAAAGAGUGUUGUUGCUGCCUUUUUGUUGUCGGUGUAAAUACUUUAUAAUAAUUAUUAACAAAUAAAUUAUGGUACUCUCCAAGAGUAGUGAUUAACUUA